CACUCUCCAAGGUCACCACAAUACAACUUUCACCUUCAAUUACUCUUAGCCAAAACAUGACUUCCCUUUCAUGGUUCCUCAUUCUUUUUGCUCUUUCUCUUCUUAUCCCAAAUUUUGUUUCAUCCUCUGCAGUUCAAGAUCCUAAACAAGUUGUACAAGAUGUACAAAGGAGCAUCAAGAAUGCUACUAGGAGAAACUUGGGCUAUUUAUCAUGUGGAACAGGAAACCCCAUUGAUGAUUGUUGGAGAUGUGAACCAAAUUGGGAAAACAAUAGACAAAGACUAGCUGAUUGUGCAAUUGGAUUUGGCAAAGAUGCAAUUGGUGGUAAAAAUGGUAAAAUCUAUAUAGUAACUGAUUCAGGUGAUGAUGAUCCAGUUAAUCCUAUGCCAGGAACAUUAAGAUAUGGUGCAAUUCAAGAUGAACCAUUAUGGAUAAUUUUCAAAAGAGAUAUGGUAAUUACAUUAAAACAAGAGUUAUUGGUAAAUUCAUAUAAAACAAUUGAUGGAAGAGGUGCUAGUGUUCACAUAGCAAAUGGGGGGUGUAUAACAAUACAUUAUGUUAAUAACAUUAUAAUACAUGGUAUUAAUGUUCAUGAUUGUGUUCCAACUGGGAAUACUAAUAUUAGAAAUUCACCUGAACAUAGUGGAUUUUGGACAGUUUCAGAUGGUGAUGGAAUUUCAGUAUUUAAUUCAAAUAAUAUUUGGAUUGAUCAUUGUUCUUUGUCUAAUUGUCGUGAUGGGCUUAUUGAUGUAAUUCAUGGAUCAACAGCUAUUACUAUUUCAAAUAACUAUAUGACUCAUCAUGAUAAGGUCAUGCUUUUAGGACAUAGUGAUUCUUAUACACAAGAUAAGGACAUGCAAGUUACUAUUGCUUUUAAUCAUUUUGGUGAAGGGCUUGUCCAAAGAAUGCCAAGGUGUAGACAUGGAUAUUUUCAUGUGGUGAACAAUGAUUACACACAUUGGGAAAUGUAUGCAAUUGGUGGAAGUGCUAACCCUACAAUCAACAGCCAAGGGAACAGAUUCCUUGCACCAGACAACAGAUUUAGCAAAGAAGUAACAAAACAUGAAGAUGGAUCAGAGAGUGAAUAUAAUAGUUGGAAUUGGAGAUCAGACGGUGAUUUGUUCUUGAAUGGAGCAUUCUUUAGACAAACUGGUGCUGAUGCUUCUUCUAUCUAUGCUAGAGCUUCAAGUCUUAGUGCAAGACCAGCUUCUCUUGUUGGUUCAAUUACUACUACUUCUGGUGUUCUUAGUUGCAAGAAGGGCAACCUUUGUUGAUUCGCUACUAGAAAAAGUUGAAUUAACGACAGAAAAUUAUAAACGAAAAAAUAUAAAAUUUAUCUCCGAUUAUGUCACUAAAUAUUAGAGACGUUAAAAUUGGAGAUUAGUUUCAUUUUUUUCGUCUUUCAUUUUCGUCAGUAAUUUAACAUUUUUAAUAGUGGUUAAUGUUUUUUUAUUACUUAUUAGCUAAAAAAUUAAAAUAUAACCAAAGGGAAGAAAAAAUAGAUUAAGAAACAAUGAGACUUGUGCUCAUACUUAAUUUAUUGAUUCCUAUGCAGUCGUCUUUUUUACGAUUGUUCUUGAGAGAGUUUGACUUUUGUUUUAUGUUGUUCUUAAUUUGAGGUUAUAAUGUCAAACUCUUACAUAGAGCUGACACCUCAUAUUGCGGUUACUUCUGGUUUUUAAAUUAUUUAAUUUUGGGUUACAACCUAUGCCUUUUUCUUUUCAUAUAUUGUAAUCAUAUUGACAAUGUUUGCUUGUACAAUGGAAAGAAAAUUAAUGCAGUUAGUGUUGGUUACA